GAGUGCCUCGUAGCAAUCCCGAUCGACAGAUUAGUUACCACUGCAUGGCAACAUGAACAACCGGAAAUACGUCUGCCCUGAUACGGCCCAGUGACUUCAGGUCAAAAGCUAAAUAAUCAGGUGACUACGUACACUAAAGAACACACUGUUUAUUUUAAUUUUUCUCUCCCCUCGUAAGUUCGCUCGCGAUGGCUCAGUACAAGUUAACUUACUUUCAACUUCGUGGAAAAGCUGAAGCCAUUCGAAUGACUUUCUCUGUCGCUGGCGUUGAGUUCGAGGACGUGCGAGUUUCUAUAGACGACUGGGUGUCGAAGCUUAAGCAUUCUGGAAUUAGCCCUUCUGGUGUGCUGCCAGUUCUAGAAUUUGACGGCAAAGUCCUCACUGAAUCCAAAGCAAUCCUCAGCUACGUGGCUAAGGAAUUUAAUCUUGCUCCGGAGGGGAACUUCCAACAGGCUCAGGCGGACAUGUUGGCCCAUAUGAUUGGUGACUUAGAAAACAUGUUAAAUGCGGGAAGUGAAUUAGAAGAUCCAGAAAAGAAGGAGAAAGCUUUGAAAACCGCCAGUGAAGAAGUAAUUCCAGGAAAAUGUGCAUAUUUUGAGAAGUUCCUGGUAGCUAACAGUAAACAGGGAUUCUUUAUUGGAGAUACGCUGACGUGUGCGGAUAUCAUCGUGUUCACCUUCCUUAACAGCUACUAUCUACAAGGCAACGCUGAAGGAAUUCCUGAGCAACUGGAAAAAUAUCCCACUUUGUCGGCAUGGUACGAAUUGGUGCGAACACAGCCUAAAGNCCAGGAGAAAGCUUUGAAAACCGCCAGUGAAGAAGUAAUUCCAGGAAAAUGUGCAUAUUUUGAGAAGUUCCUGGUAGCUAACAGUAAACAGGGAUUCUUUAUUGGAGAUACGCUGACGUAUGCGGAUAUCGUCGUGUUCACCUUCCUUAACAGCUACUAUCUACAAGGCAACGCUGAAGGAAUUCCUGAGCAACUGGAAAAAUAUCCCACUUUGUCGGCAUGGUACGAAUUGGUGCGAACACAGCCUAAAGUUCAGCAUUGGCUGAAAAAUUCGCCUCCUGAUCUCCUUGGUUUCAUUUAUUGAGCGAGGCGUAAGGUGCACAGUUUUGCAGCUCACCUUAAAGAGAAACAAGAGUGUGUAGACCACGCUAACUCUAACAUUUAUCAGAUUGUUGGAAAGCAGUAUAAACAAUGUGGAGAUGCAUUAUAGUAACGAAAUAAAUAGAAAAACUACAUAUUAAAUUUUGUACUUCUUGCUAACAGGCUUUUAAGUGGGGCUCAGCCCCCCUCACCCAAGUCCUCAAAUUUGGAUGCCUUGUCAGCUAUUUUACUCAGUCUUUCGUUGAAACUAUCACUGUUGAGGGUGCAUUUGUAUGUGAAUGUUUGAUAGUAAGAUUCUAUGGUCUAUCAUAGUCUUUUCGCUGUUUAAAGGAGCUCAGUGACGGUACCUUGACUGCGAAUAAAAUUGCCUUUAAUUUGAAGGAAACCUGAUAUGACAGUAAAUUUCUAAUAGGGAAAAAACACCAAAAAGAUAAUAAUAAACCAUAAAGGAAUAAGGAUGGUUAAGGAUGGAGAAGAUUAACACGGAUUACAAACGACGAACUUGAAAAAUUAAGGCUAAAACCGUGAGGUACGGCUCCUUUAAACUGACGUGAACUGUAGAGUAUUGUAGUAUAGCAUAAACGAACAUACAGUUACAUACUCACAAUGCUUAAGAUUCGCGACCCAGUCGUCCAUUGAAACUCGCACGUCCUCGAAGUCAACCCAAGCGACAGCGAAAGUCAUUCUAAUGGCUUCCGCCUUCUCACGAAGUUGAAAGUAUGUUAACUUGUACUGAGGCAUGGCGAGAGAAUUUACGAGCGGAGAGAAAAAUAAACAGUGGGUUAUUUAGUGCCAGUCGCCUGCUUAUAAAGCUUUUGAGUUGAGUCACUCGGCCGUAUCUUUAAAGUAAAUAAUUUGCUUUUUUCUUGUUUCACGUUGCCUAGGGGUCGCUUCAAGGCAAGCUUAUGCUUUUAAGUUAAAGGAAACCUCUCUGGAGCUCUGGAUUUGAUUACUUUUCAAUUUCACCUCGAUGAAUAAACGAAUAGACCUUUUUCGACUGGG